GUAAAAAUGUUCACCUUUGUGCUGUAUACGUUGAUCAAGCAGCAUGCCAGUCAAGUGACUGACGCAUAUUCCAUUCGCCUUUGUGUCAUAUCGCUUUAUAAGUUUCGUAAUCCUUACGUGGUAUUCCCCGUAGCAAUAUGCAUGUUGAUAUUAUCAUACAGGAUGUGAAGGUAUUUAAUGUUGCGCAUUUUCAUGACCAGCGUCUCCUUUCCAGUCUCGCAAUGCAGAAAGGUACUACUAGCUGUUCUUCGUGGAUUUAAUUCGUAAUGGAGAGAGAAUCCGGCUUCGCUACCAAACGAAUUUAUCAUCGAUUUCGCUAAAGUUAGAUAUAAUUUAAAUCGACUCUAUAUUCCUACUGAUUUUAACUAGAGUUAACGUACACUUGUGACUUUCAAGGUCUUCUGUUGUGACUUGGACAGUAGGGUGUAAAACCGUGCCAAUUUUUUUCUGAAGAACCCGACACCGUUAGUUUUUCUGGACAGAGAUCAUAACUGGACAAAUUUGUGAACAAUUUUCUGAAGGAUAUUUUGAUCGAACGAUACAAGACGACGAGGAGGAGGAGGCCUCAGUAUGGAUAAACUGACGUCACAAUACAACGCGUUAGCGAGGAAGGUUUUGAUCGCGGCGGAGUCGGGUGAAUCGGAGAAGUUUAAAGGGUUGUUCAAAGGACGACAACCCGAGGAGGUCACUGAGGCUUUGAAUGAUGUGUCACAGGAAAGAUAUAAUGAUGUCCUUGGGAAUGUUCGUUUCACCCCUCUCAUCGCCGGUGCUUGGCAUGGGCACAGCGAUGUUAUAGAUGAACUCCUGGACGAGUACAAGGUUGACGUUAAUCAGAUUGGUAAUAUCUCUGUGGAAGGAAAGAAACAUGAGAUCACCGCUCUUUGUGCCGCCAUCCGACAAGAGAACUUUGAGAUGGCUACCCACCUGCUCGAGCGGGGCGCCAACAUCAACCACUGUUCACCUCUAUCCGUGGCCUGCUACCGCGGUGAUUUCACAGCGAUGCGGUUCUUGGUGAAGAAGGGCGCGAACGUCAACGCCCCGGUCAACAAAGAGGGCGUCACACCCUUAAUGGUGGCGUGUGAGCGCUAUUCGCUGUACGUUGUACGCCUGUUGUUAAACAACACGGCCGAUCCGAGGUUAGAGGACAUGGAUGGGAACUCCGCACUGCAUAGGCUAGCGUUGAAGCAACGGAUGUAUGUCCUUAAGAACGGACCGCUUCCUCAGAUCAUCGACACGCUUGUAGAGUCGGGAGCCAAGAUGUCACUCAACCAGGCGGGGCAGACACCGCUCGCCGCUGCCUGCGCAUCGGGAAAUGUUGAAGUUGCGCGGGCUAUCAUGUGCCUGCCAGAGGUACGUCCCGAGGAACAACUCACAGCGCAGGAAAAACUGAGGAAGAAGCUUGAAAGUGAUGUCAUAGAACGAACCGGUUCGGAUGAGGCUUCUGAUGGAGACAAAACGCGGAAGAAAACGUCUUGGACCCAAAAGUUCACAAAUCCAAACGAAAUUAGGAAGCUGAAAUGGUCUCUGAAGAAAUCUAAGAAAACAGUUGCGGACAAAAUUGAGGAGAUUGCAGAGAAUGACACCUUGGAAACCGUUGAAGAGAUCGCAAGCCCGUGAUGACCUCUUUUAGAAUUUCUUUGAAAGGUAAAUGAUUUGGCUGGUCUUUCCUAGUUUGCGUAAACGCUAAUACGAUGUGAAAGCCUUUUGUACUUACCCCAAAGCUCUUCCGCGAAGCACACAGGGUAUGAAGUUCUUCCGAGUGCAGCUUCAUAAAUGAGCUGGUGAUGGGAAUAUUUCUACGAGAUACAGUACAACGGACGUCAUAUCAUAACUACCCAUGUGCUUUGUACUAGAAAAAGAUGUAAUUAUUUUGAAAUAAUAUAUACUCGAGAAUUCAUCCAAUACCAUGAAAGUUUCACCUUUGGUACAUGUUUAAUUUCAUUAUUCGGACCAGGCGCGUACGCAG